AUGAGUUCGAUUUAUUUAAAGAAGACAUUGGUUCCGCUUCCAUCGACUACUCGGAACUUCACGACGCAUUUGUCGUAUGACAGUGAGACUCGUAGUUUGGCUUAUAAUUCGGGGAAAUCAGCUAUUAUCAGAUCAUUAGUUGAUGAUACUGCUAUUCAGUUUACAGGGCAUGGGAAUGCAAAUGUUACAGUAGUGCGGUUUUCUCCUUUGAAGGGAUCUAAUUAUUUAUGUUCUGGGGAUGAUUCCGGGAGGGUUAUUGUGUGGUACUACAAGCCAGUGGAUAGUUUAGGGGUGGUGGAGACUGGGGUUGUGUCAGAAUUUAAGGUUUUGUCAGAUGCCAUAACGGAUAUUUCGUGGGAUUUUGAGGGGAAGCGAUUAUGUGUGGUUGGAGAAGGCCGUAAUACAUUUGGUGCGUUUAUCUCUUGGGAUACGGGUAACUCGUUAGGAGAGGUAUCUGGUCACGCCCAGAGGGUCAAUGCAUGCCAUUUUAAGCAGAGCAGGCCUAUGAGAGCGAUUACUGUGGGCUAUGAUGGGAAAGCUGUCUUUUACAAGGGGCCUCCUUUCCAGUUUACCAAUAGUGAUCGGUCCCACCAUGAUCAUGGCAAGUUUAUUAGAGAUGUUAAAUUUUCUCCAGGUACUGGGAAAUACUGUGUUAGUGUUGGUAGUGAUAGAAAGAUUGUUGUCUAUGAUGGUGUUGAUGGGCAGUUCAUCAAGUAUGUGGAAGAUGAGAAUGAAGUAUGUGGUGGGUUUUUUGCCUUAGCAUGGGUCGAUGAAGGAUCUGAGUCCAAUAAGUUCGUUACUGCAAGUGCCGAUGGCGUGGUCAGACUUUGGGACGUUGAGUCGAACAAGUUGUUACAAAAAUGGAGUCUGGGCAAAGACUUGGCCCAACAGCAAGUUGGUGUUGCUGUAACUGAAGAAAAAGAAAUCAUCUCGCUUUCAUUAGAUGGCACCCUUAAUGUCUUUAAAAUUGGUGAGAAAGAAAUUGUUCGAAAGUUGCACGGUCAUAACAAGAGCAUCACCACGCUUACUUUGAAUCCAUUGAUUACGAGUUCAUACGAUGGUAAGGUUGUUAAAUGGUCCGCAGAUGACGUCCCAAGCGUGUAUUUCUCCCACUUGAAUACUGUGACAUCCAUUGAAAACGUCGACGGAGAAAUCUCCACUGUUUCUUGGGACAAAACCCUAAGAGUUAAUGGUGAACUAAAGUUCGAAUUCCAAGAUCAACCAAAGGAAUCGUUUGCACACAACGGUGCAGUAUCUGUUGUUACGUCGGAUAACAAGUUAAUGGUCUUGAACUCAUUAACCGGAGUAAUUUUGGCGGAGACCAAAUUGCACACUCCAGCCGCCGCUGUAACACUGGGGAACAAAUAUGCAGUCGUCGGUUACGAAGGAAAGAAUUCAAUUGAAGUGUUUAAAGUAUCAGAUCUAUCUGAUAGCUUUACGUUACCCACUGCAAUGCGUGCAACACCAUCUACAUUGUCACUCUCCCCUUCAGAGAAAUAUUUGGCAGCUGGUGAUACCAUGGGAAGAAUAUUGUUGUACGAUUUGGAAUCUAAAAACGUAAAGACUUCACGCUGGUCGUUCCAUAGUGGCAAAAUCACCUCAAUUUCCUGGAGACCAGACCAGGACGAAGAAGACCACGUUGUUUCUACCUCAUUGGAUACUCAUAUGUUCAUCUACUCAGUCAAGAAACCAAUGAAAGUCAUCAAAAAAUUGAACGCACACAAAGAUGCAGUAUGUUUCGUUUGUUGGGAAACUCCUAACACCGUGGUAACCGCAGGUGCUGAUGCAUGUAUCAGGAGGUGGGCAGUGGAGUUUUCUUAA